CUGGCCUUUUCCCAGUACUAGCAUCUGCUCCUUUAGAUCCAGACAUGUCCAGUCUCCAGACACUGUGCUCUGGCCUGCCCUUGCAUCCCCUCCCAGAGAACCGGGGACGUUGGAGUGGGGUGCCCCAUGCCCCAGUCAGAACUCCUGGCUUGAGUCCUGCAGAGGAGCAGCUGGCAUUAAGGAAUGCCCUUCGCUACUUCCCCCCAGAUGUCCAGAAACUGCUGGCCCCUGAGUUUGCCCAGGAGCUGCGUCUCUAUGGGCACAUCUAUAUGUAUCGGUUCUGCCCCAACAUUGAAAUGAGGGCCUACCCCAUUGAGCAGUACCCAUGCCGGACCAAGAUGGCUGCCGCCAUCAUGCACAUGGUCAUGAACAACCUCGAUCCCUCCGUGGCCCAGUUUCCCCAGGAGCUUGUGACCUAUGGAGGGAACGGCCAGGUGCUCAGCAACUGGGCUCAGUUCUGGCUGGUCAUGUCCUACUUGUCACAGAUGACAGAAGAGCAGACAUUGGUCAUGUACAGCGGACAUCCUCUGGGUCUCUUCCCCAGCAGCCCUAAUGCCCCAAGGCUGGUGAUCACCAACGGAAUGGUCAUUCCCAACUACUCAUCCAGGACAAUGUAUGAGAAGCUCUUUGCUUUGGGGAACACAAUGUAUGGCCAGAUGACUGCAGGCAGCUACUGUUACAUCGGCCCACAAGGAAUUGUCCACGGCACAGUGCUCACCCUGUUAAACGCUGGCCGUCGGUACCUGGGCGUUGAGGAUUUGACUGGGAAGGUCUUUGUCACUUCUGGACUUGGUGGAAUGAGCGGAGCCCAGGCCAAGGCUGCGGUCAUCGUGGGGUGCAUUGGGGUGAUAGCGGAGGUGGAUAAAGCAGCCCUCCUGAAGCGCCACAAGCAAGGCUGGCUGAUGGAGGUGACAGACAGCCUCGACCACUGCAUCCAGAGGCUCAGAGAAGCAAGGAGACAGAAGGAGGUGCUCAGCCUUGGCUACCAUGGCAACGUAGUGGAUCUUUGGGAGCGCCUGGUACAUGAGCUGGAUGCAACAGGGGAGCUUCUGGUAGAUCUCGGGUCAGACCAGACGUCCUGUCACAACCCCUUCAAUGGUGGCUACUACCCUGUACAGCUUGGUUUUUCAGAGGCUCAGAGCCUCAUGGCCUCCAACCCUUCAGCCUUCAAAGACCUGGUUCAAGAGAGCCUGAGAAGGCAGGUCUCAGCCAUCAACAGACUGGCACAGGAGAACUUCUUCUUCUGGGACUAUGGCAAUGCCUUCCUUUUGGAGGCCCAGAGAGCAGGAGCCGAUGUGGAGAAGAAAGGAGCCGAUAAGACAGAAUUUCGCUACCCCUCAUACGUUCAACACAUUAUGGGGGACAUCUUCUCCCAGGGAUUCGGACCUUUCCGCUGGGUGUGCACAUCAGGGGACCCUCACGACCUGGCUGUCACGGACCAGCUGGCCACGUCUGUGCUGGAGGAGAUCAUUGCUGGUGGAGUGAAGUCAUCUGUGAAGUUGCAGUAUAAGGACAACAUCCGCUGGAUCCGAGAGGCUGCCAAGCAUCAACUGGUGGUGGGCUCACAGGCGAGGAUCCUGUACUCUGACCAGAAGGGCCGAGUGGCCAUCGCUGUGGCCAUCAACCGCGCCAUCACACAUGGGAAGAUCAAGGCACCAGUGGUUCUGAGCCGAGACCACCACGAUGUGAGUGGCACGGACAGCCCUUUCAGGGAGACCUCCAACAUCUAUGAUGGCUCUGCCUUCUGUGCAGACAUGGCUGUACAGAACUUCGUGGGAGAUGCCUUCCGAGGAGCCACCUGGGUGGCACUUCACAACGGAGGGGGCGUGGGCUGGGGUGAGGUGAUCAACGGGGGUUUUGGCCUCGUGCUAGAUGGAACUGAGGAGGCUGAGCAGCGAGCCAAGGCGAUGCUCAGCUGGGAUGUCUCCAAUGGGGUGGCCCGGCGCUGCUGGUCUGGAAACCAGAAGGCUUAUGAGAUCAUCUGCCAGACGAUGCAGGAGAACAAAGGCCUGGUGGUGACACUCCCACACAAGGUGGUGGAUGAUGGCCUGCUCCAGAAGGCGCUGCAGCCCUGA